AUGCCGGUCGUCAAGGGAGGUGUUUGGACCAAUAUCGAGGAUGAAAUCCUCAAAGCCUCCGUCUCCAAGUAUGGCCUGAACCAGUGGGCACGCGUGUCGUCCCUGUUGGCGCGGAAGACGCCCAAGCAGUGCAAGGCACGAUGGAACGAAUGGCUGGACCCGAGUAUCAAGAAAAUAGAAUGGAGCAAGGACGAGGAUGAAAAGCUCCUGCACCUCGCCAAGAUUAUGCCCACGCAAUGGCGGACGAUAGCUCCCAUUGUCGGCCGUACAGCCAACCAAUGCCUCGAGCGGUAUCAAAAGCUGCUCGAUGAAGCUGAAGCUCGCGAGUCGUCCAGCCUAGGACUGACGGGCCCGGAUGGGGGCGAGACGCAAGCGCCCAGCGCCGACGAUGUCAGACGAUUGCGCCCCGGCGAGCUCGACCCCGAUCCCGAAUCCAAGCCUGCUCGCCCUGAUACUAUCGACCUCGACGAGGAUGAAAAGGAGAUGCUGAGCGAGGCUCGAGCUCGUUUGGCCAACACUCAAGGUAAAAAGGCAAAAAGAAAGGCCCGAGAGCGUCAACAAGAGGAGUCUCGUCGCUUGGCGACCCUGCAGAAACGGCGGGAGCUCAAGACGGCCGGUAUCAACAUCAAGGUCAUCACAAGGAAAAAGGGCGAGAUGGACUACAACGCCGACAUUCCGUUCGAGAAGAAGGCAGCACCCGGAUUCUAUGAUACAGCUGAAGAGCAAACGCAAAACGAAGCACAACGCAGAGCGUUUGAUCCCCAGAAGCUGAAUCUAGCCACGAAGCGGAAGGGCGACGAGGAGGAGGACGGCGAUCGUAAGAGGAGAAAGAAUGAAAAAGAGGGGCUUUCCGAGUCGCAAAAAGCAGCCAUCAAGGCCGGUCAAAUGCAGAAGAUUCGAGAGGCUGAGCAAAGCAGCAAGCGCCGACCUCUGAACCUGCCUGCACCGCAAGUCAGCGAGGGCGAGCUGGAGGACAUCAUCAAAAUGGGCAAGAUGGGCGAAGCCGCAAAUGCGGUGGCCAGAGAAAGCGACAAUGACGCCACGAGAGGGUUUGUCAAUUCAUACUCUACGCUCAACACCAGCGCGCCUAUACGUACGCCCAGGGCCCCGGAACAGGAGGACCACAUUGCGAAUGAGAUUCGAAAUAUCCGUGCCUUGAACGACACAAAGUCGGCGCUGCUGGGGGGCGAGAACACCCCCCUGCACGAGGGAGCAGGAUCAACCGGCUUCGACGGCAUCGCGCCCAGGAAACAAGCCAUGGCGACGCCGAAUCCCCUCGCAACCCCGUUGCGAUCCGGGGCCGGCGUUGGAGCAACGCCUGGCCGGCCUGGACAAACGCCGAUGCGUACGCCGCGUGACACCUUCUCACUGAACCAGGAAGAUGGCAUGAUGCCGUCCGCCACGCCCCGCGACAUGAGGAUGCACGACCUUGCCAUGCGGAAGCAACUACGCUCGGGCCUUGCUUCGCUCCCAAAGCCCAAGGAGACCGAAUGGGAGUUUGAAAUUCCCGAUGAGGAGCGGGAGACGGCCCCGGCAGACGGCACACUAGAAGAAGACGCCGCGGAACGAGACCGCCGGGAGCAGGCAAUACGUGCCGCGGAGGAAGAACUAGAGCGGAGACGGAGAACACAAGUCAUGCAGAAGGACUUGCCGCGACCGCCGAUUGUCGACCUGACCCUGUUGCUCGAAAAGGCCGACGCCAUCCAGGACGCCGGGGAGGCCAUGAUCGCCAGAGAAGCAGCGUUACUCAUGGCCAAUGACGCAGCUCGAUAUCCCCUGGCUGGCUCACAAGUCAAGGGCGCCCACAAGCCCAUUGAGCGCUUCGACGACGACGCGCUCGCAGACGCUCGCCUCCUGAUUUUGUCGGAGACGAAGCCCCGUCCCGAACUGGAGCAGAUCCAAGAUUUUUUUGAGACGCGAGCGAAGAACUCUAUGCUCCUAGGACUGGGAUGCUACAACGAUGACGAGGCGGAGCACGAGGCCGCCAUGCGUGCUGCAUUUGACGCCGUCCAGGAUUCAAUCAUGGCCUCAGCAGAGCAGGGCGCCAAGCUGGAGAAGAAGCUGGCUCUUCAUCUCGGCGGAUACCAAAAACGGCAAAAGAUGCUCCGGGACAAGAUCAACGGUGCCACGGACGCGCUGGAGAAGGCUCGAAACGCUCUAAGCGGAUUCAAGACGUUGGCCAUAUCCGAGGACGUGGCGAUAGACAGACGGUUGGAGGCGCUGAGAGAGGAAGUCGCGUACGUUACUAGGCGGGAGAGAGAGGCGCAGGAGGAGUACAGGAAGGCGAGGGACGAAUUGUCCGCCCUGAGGACGGACGGGAGAAAUGGACACCUCUGA